ACCAAUAAUGCACAAAGUAAUGACAAGUAAAUGCGACAGUUGUAUGUUUGUCAGAAAAGACAUCAUGGUUAUGACGUAGAGAAAAUAAGGGUUGGGGGGUUCACUCAAUAAAUAGGAGGGCAAGAAGGUUUUGAGAAUUGCUAUAAAGUGUACAGAAGUAGAAGAUUGUUUCUUAGAUGAGUGAGUUUAAGAUAUGAGUGAGAAGAGAGAGAAUCAAAUAGUCUUAGCCUUGCUUCGUUGGACAUGAUCUUUAUCAUAUUCUGCUAGUUUUUUCUUUCAAGCACAAUUUGCAGGAUGCGUCUCCACACAUAGGAUGCAUCUGGUUUCUGUUACACCACCAUGAAGGAGAAUAAUGCAAAGUACUUGGUGUAGUAAGGAAAAGUUGGCCAUGGCUACCGGUGCAAUCCUGGGCAAAUACUUGGGCUUAUCCGCACUUGUUCCUGCGGAGUUUAUCAUUGACAUUGAACACGUCGGGGACCCUAAUUGGGGCCCCGAUUGUUGCAUCUACAAGGUCCCCAAAAGACUUAGCAAGGUAAAGGAAGAAGCCUACACUCCAAAGCUAAUUUCAAUAGGCCCUGUUCAUCACAACAAUGACCAAUUGAAGGACAUGCAAAAGGUAAAACAACGUUAUUUCAAGGCGUUCUUUUCUGGGACUAGUAAAGGCCAGAAGGAUUUUGCAUGCAUCAUUGAAAAAAACAAAGAUAAAAUCUGCAACUGUUAUGCCCCAGAGAUUUCUCCACGCAACGAAAAUGAAAAUUUCGUGAAAAUGGUUCUACUGGAUUCUAUCUUUAUCAUUGAGCUCUUCAUGAGGUGUGAUAGAAAAGAAGAAGAAAAUGAUUACAUAUUAAGCAAACCAUGCCUAAAGGAAGGCAUAAUGCAAGACUUGAUAUUACUUGAGAAUCAGCUUCCAUUUUUUAUUCUUGACAAGUUAUAUCAACAUUAUACAAGCAAUCCUACUUUUCUUGAACUUGCCUGUAAUUACUUCUUUUCUAGCAAGGAGAUACGCUUUGAGAAGGAAGUAAAACAUUUCACUGAUUUGCGGAGAAAUUUCUUCCUCCCACCUGAACAAAAACUUGGAAAUCCUAUUGUACAUCGACAUAGUGCAACAAAGCUGGAUAUGGCAGGAUUGAUAUUCCAAAAUAAGGAAGGAGAAGAAAAAAAUAGAUACUUACUUCACGUAGAUAUCCAAAAAGGUAAUAAAUUGUUGGAAAUAUUUCCAUGUUUCAAUUGCUCAUGGCUCUUGCAUUGCUUACCAUGCUUGAAAAAAAUUCCUUUCCUGGAGAGUAUGCAAACUCGCUUGGUAAUCCCACACUUUGUGGUAGAUAACAAAACUGAAGACCUUUUUCGAAAUCUCAUGGCCCUCGGGCAGUGUCAUUAUCCAGAUAAAGCUUACAUAUGCAAUUAUAUCUUGCUAUUGGAUUUUCUUAUCAAUAGUAAAGAUGACGUGGAGUUGCUUGUUGAGGAGGGGAUUAUUGUUCACUCAUUAGGUAGCAAUAAAGCAGUUGCCGAGAUGGUUAACAAACUUGGCCAAGAAAUUGUGGAAGAAAAAUCCUAUUACCAUGAUGUUGCUGAAGAUCUUAAUAAGUACUACCGCAACUGGUGGAAUAAAAAUAUGGAAUCCUUGAAAACUGUUUAUUUUCGGGAUAUUUGGAGAGGGACGGCAACUGUUGUUGGGAUCAUAGUUCUUUUGGUAACUGUCAUGAAUUUCCUUAGGCCUUUUGUGUUCAGGCAUAUUUAAGUUUUGUUUCUGAAAUAUUAUCAUAUUAGUUGGAAGUUUGGCAUUGCAAGUGUUGACUUUAAAAUUGUCAAUAAAUUUUGUUUGUGUUAUUA